AUGACUCUCACCCUCACCUUCUUCCUCCUCAUCUUUCAUUGCCUGCCUCCGCCUCCCACGAAGAGGUCCGAUCAAUCCUCGAGUUCAGAAAAAGCAUCAAAUCCGACCCUUCCGACCUCGUCUUCUCCUCUUGGGUGCGCCCCGCCUCUGCCUCCGCCUGCUAUGACAACUUAUACGACGUUGUCUGCUACACAGUCGUCAGCCGCCUCCGCCGUGAUUGUCGUCGCUCUCGACGGCCUCGGCCUCACCUGUGAACUGAAAUUUUGGAUCCCUGCUCGCAGAUCCGUCAUGUCCACUGACAGAGUUUGUCCAAGACGACGUGAGGAGACGAAUGGCGAUCGUAACCUGGGGCGUCAGAGGUGGAUGGGGAAGGGCGAUCCGUCAUCUCCCUGCUCGCGAUUGUCAUCUCCACUGACAGAACUCAAAUCACGAGCAGAAGAAGGGAGAGAAAGUUGA